AGCGUCCAUCCGCUGCCAUGGCGCAGCUUCCAACAGGCCACCAGGGCCACCGGCGCGGCGUAGCAGCACUGCUGCUGCUGGCGCUGGGGGUUGCGCCAGGAUUUUUGCUGCCAGAGGUGCCACAGGGUGCAUUGCCUCGCCGAAGUCUGGGACUGGCUGCGGCGUUGCCGGGCCUGCUGGGUACCUUGCAAGCGCCGCAAAUUGCGCGUGCGGAGCAGGGCUGGCAACUGAAACUUCCCAGGACCUGGAGAACCUUCGAGCAAAACGCCCAGCCGCCGCCAGAGGUGAAGAAAGCCACCGCGCUGGUGGUGGCCGGCAACCCGGAACAAGGCGGAGAGCUGGUGGUACUGCGGGUGCCAUUGUCCUUGGAUCCCAAUGACCAAAAUGCCAAGGGCAACAAGGAUUUGGUGAGCUAUUUCACCUCUGGCUUGGACAAGCAGCCCUCGGUGACAACUGCCAAAGCCGCCGAGGUGGUCACCUCCUCUCAAAAGACAGCGCCGGGCUUGAUCAAGUGGAACUUCUUGGAACAGCCGGCUGAGAAGGUGAUUUAUGGUCGGCGAUAUUUGAAGUAUGACUACGAGGCGAGCAUUUGUCCUGGCGUUGUGACGAAGGGUAGCAAGGGCGAUACCUGUAUGGCAAUUGAGGACACCUCUGAGUUGCCUUUGUACGAGCGUCGCCAUCGUAUCCUGCUGACCGUCACUGAUGAGGGCGCCACAGCACGGGGCGAGAAGGAUCCGACUUACUACAUUUGGUUGUUGGACAUCAGCGGCCCUGCACAAGAAGCCCGAGAUAACUGGGGCGUCCUUAAGGAGGCAGUGACCGAGGUGGCUGACUCCUUUGUGAUUUCCGAAGAUGAGAAGACCUUGGAAAAAGCUCGAACUGCAGAGAUCACCCCAGAGCAGCUGAAAGCCCUGGAGCAACUGAAGAAAGAAGGGGCAUUGCCUGAGGAGAAGUUCUGAGGUGGCGUCCAGUGGAGCGGAAUGUACAUAACUCGCGCAGCUUUCGGCUUGUUGUCCCGGGCAGUGAAGCGCAAGGGGCCAAAUGGUG